AUGGGAGAGGAUAAUCCCCAGCCUUCGGCAUCGGCGGCCGCGACACAAGACCAGAGCAACAAUCUCAAAGCCUCUGAUCUAAAUGCCUAUAACAAUGGAGAGUUCGAAAGCUUUGCUGAACGGUGGCCCAAACGACCUAAAAUCUCUGUUGCCUGCGAAGAGUGCCGACAACGGAAAGUGAAAUGCGAUGGUGUCCAGCCCCGAUGCGGCGCUUGUCGUCGACGCCGACGACCGGCUCCAAACUGCGUCUACAAACCCGAGCGUGUCAAGACUGCAUAUUCUCAUGAAUACGUCGCAGCUCUAGAGAGUCGGUUGCGUAUGUUUGAAUCAGCAGCUGCGGCGACUAAUUUAAGUCAGCCUGUCGCUUCUCAAGUGCAUGAGGAUGAUGGCAGCCUUGAGUUUUACCCUUCACCAAGAUACCCAGCUGAAGGUGUCGAUGCCAUGGGUAACCAUGGGUCAUCUGAACAUGCCUACCCAGAGGGCAGCUCCAGCGCUGCAAGUUUCACUAAGCAAGUAAAGGAUGCUGUGGCCUCAAGACUCUCUUUACCUGGACUUGGCGUUGGCAUUUUGUCCGGUCACAAACAAAAUGAGUUGCUGUUUCCACAGCGGCUAGACUCAUUGGCAGAACUAUGUGUGGUACCCUCGCGGGGCGCGGCAGAUGAUAUGAUGAACCUGUACUGGAAUGAGAUUCACAUUCUAUACCCCUUUGUUGAUCGCGCAAGCUUUCAAGAGUGUUAUAAAAAAUUAUGGUCGACAGAAGACGAACGUGUCUGCCGCCCAAACCAUAUACUACUCUGUUCUUUGAAUGCUGUUUUUGCUCUAACCUGUCAACUCCGGCGUCGGUCCGUAGCUGAUCAGAGUUUCGCCGCAAAUAUCUUCUUUCGGAGAGCUGCACAGUUGCUUCAGAUGAGCUCCUUUGGGGGUGGUUCUCUUGAACUCGUUCAAGCGUGUCUUCUUCUUGCACAAUAUCUACAGAGUACAGAAUCGUCUUAUCGAUGCUGGGUGGUUAUUGGCUUGGCUAUUCGUAUCGCUCAGUCUAUCGGCUUGCAUCUACCAGAGCCAGCAUACCUCCGAUUUGAGAAAGAGAGUGAUCGAAAACUCAGCCAACGACUCUGGCAUGGUUGUGUCUUUCUAGACCGUAUGGUUUCCAUGACACAAGGCCGUCCCACGACAAUCAGCAAGACUGACUCAAUGGCCGUCCCAUUACCUCAAAGCGAUGGCAGUGAUCAUGUCUUUUCACCUUCUGUCGCUGAUAGAGCAAAAAGGCCACUGUCGGACUGCUAUGCCUCGAGGAUGGAAUUUUUUUCCGAAUCGAUGAAACUUUAUUCAAUCACGGGAGAUAUGUUAGCGAUAGUCUACUCUUGAGAUCCGUCUAGUUCUUUUGCUCCCCGCUCUGAUC